AUGGCUCCCUUCGCCAACCUGAAUAAGAUCCCAUCAACAGACUACUCCCAUGAUCCAUACACCUGGGAAGGCGAGACAGGAUGGAGGGCCUACCGUAGCGCCCGGCCAUUUCGCGGCAUGUACUACGACAUUAAAAGGCGCCUCCCAUGGUAUUACUCGGACAUUGUGGACGGCUUUAACUACAGAACAUUCGCCGGAACCAUCCGCAUCUUCUUCGUCAACCUGCUCCCGGCCCUGGCCUUCCAGCUCGAUAUGACACGCAACACGGACGGUUUCUUUGGCAUCAACGAGGCACUCUUCUCCUCGGCGCUUGCGGCGGUGGUGUUCAGCACGCUUUCGUGCCAACCAUUGACUGUGGUGGGCAUUACGGGGCUGAUCAGUUUGUUCAACUACACCAUCUACGACAUUACGGUUGCGCAGGGGAUCUCGGAUCUGUAUCCGCAGUUCAUUGCGUGGGUCAGUAUCUGGGCGGCGAUCACGCAUUGGGCAGCGGCCAUCUUCAAUUGGUGUGAUUACAUGCGAUACAUCACCGACUUCUCCAGCCAGUCUUUCGGCACGUACGUUGGAAUUAUCUAUAUCAUCAAAGGCGUAGAAGAACUCGUCGCUCAAUUCGAAGAAGGCAUUGGUAACGAAGGCGAGAGACGUGAGGGCGGCUACUUCGGCAUUCUCAUCGCCCUUAUGUACUGGUUCACCGUCUACAUGCUUGAGAAAUACGGCAGCUCCUCCUUCUCGCGCAGCUGGAUCCGCAAAGCCAUCGCCGACUACGCCUACCCAAUCGCCACCAUCUGGUGGACUGGCUUCUCGCACAUCCCUGGCCGUAUUGCCGACACGCCACAGCUCCGCAUCCCUCACACCACUGCUUUCUACCCGACCGUGGACCGAAGCUGGCUGAUCCCGUUCUGGGAACUGCCGGUGAAAUGGGUAUUUGUGGCGCUACCGAUUGGGAUCUUAUUGACGCUGUUGUUCUACUACGAUCACAACGUCAGCAGCUUGACGGCGCAAGCGAAGCAGUUUCCGCUCACAAAGCCGGCUGGAUUCCACUGGGACUUCUUCUUGCUUGGAGUUACGUGCUUCAUCGCCGGCAUCAUUGGUAUCCCGCUUCCGAAUGGACUGGUCCCGCAAGCUCCAGUCCAUACCGACAGCUGUACCGUGUACGAAGAUAAGCUUAAGAUCACUAAAGAGAAAGCCGAUGACGAUGUUCCAGAAGCAGAAUGGGAGCAACACAACCGCAAGAUCGUGGAAGCCGUCUCCGUCAAAGAGCAGCGCGUCAGCCACUGGCUCAUGGCACUCGCACUCAUCGGUACUAUGACAGGCCCGUUGCUGGACAUGCUGCACACCAUGCCGCGCUCUCUCUUCUCCGGCGUGUUCUUCGUUGUCGGCUCCGGAUCUGUCUUUAGCGGCGGCCUGCCGAACAAUGUCUACUACCUCUUCACUGAGAAGAAAUUUGUCGACCCAGGUGACCCGAGGCUGAAGAUCAAGAAGAGCAGGAUUGCGCUUUACAUUUCCUUCCAGUGGUUCGGUGUGCUGUCGAGUGUGGCGAUUUCGCAGACAAUUGCUGCGAUUGGCUUUCCGGUGAUUAUUGUCAGUUUGAUCCCGCUGCGUUGGAUCAUCAUGCCGAGGAUCUUUACGGAGGAGGAGCUGCUGAUCCUGGACGCUCCGACUGCUGAAGCGGCUGUGGUGCUGGCGUCGAUGGGCGGACAGCCGACGAGACCUGAGGUCGCUAUGGCGGAGGCGAAGAGGCGAGCUCAGAACGGCGAUGGUGAGGAAGGGAACGCGAGCAGCAGCACUGGAUUCAGUGGUAAUGAGGGGAUGAGGUCAAGGGGAGGGUUCAAGGACAACGAGGAGAAGGAGAUCGAGAGUGAGGAGGCAAGGAGGGAGAGGGAAGAAGGCGGCCAUUCUACGCUCGAUACACGACACGCAUAA